UGGGGGACAGGGGUCGGGGACAGGGGGACCCCGUGACCCACCCAGUCCCGCUCAGACGGGGCCCAUGUCUCCACGCCCCAAGUCACUCUCUUUAAUCCCUGGUGGGACUCCCGCAGUCCACGCCCCUUAGAGGAGGGCAGGCCGGUCCGCAGCGCCCACCCUGCCCUGUGAGGGGAGCUCAAAUCAGUUAGGGCCGCGCCCCUCCCAGCCGGGCCCUCCUCCCCUUGUCCUCUGGUGCCGGGUGUCAGCGAACCGCUCACCUUUUACUGGAGUAGCAUUCCUGCAGGACUGGGGCCUUACUUAGGACCAAACGCAUAACAACCAUGAUAAUAAUCACAACCAGCAUUUCUGGAGCCCUGCUAGGCCAGGCUCGGGUAUUUCAUUAAUAUGACGACUCGGGGAGGGAGGGAAGGAGGCACUGACAUUCCCUUUGCAGAGGAAGUACCGUGUAAAGGCCGCCCAAGGCCCCAGUCUGGAGCCAGUUCUUUCAACUGCUAGCCCACACUGCCUACAGUUGCUCAAGUGAUUUCUGUGGAGCUUCACUUUGAAAGCCCUUUUAGGUGUGGAAAGAUGGCCGAAGCCCGGAUCUCCAUGUACCUGCCCCCUGACAUCAACCCCACCAAAGCUGCCAUUGCCUAUGGCUGUCGGGCCCUGCCAAAGCUGAAUGAGGAGCUGCAGUCAGAGGUCCUGACGACAAGGCAGAAAGCCCUCAUGGCCCUGUGUGACCUCAUGCAUGACCCUGAGUAUGUCUACCAGGCCAUUGACAUAGGCUGCCUGGACAGCCUGAAAGCUUUGCUGAAGGACAUCAACGACUUAGUGCGGAUAAAAGCCACAGAGGUGCUGUGCAUCAUGGCGACCCAUAACGUGGGCAGGGAUGGCUUUUUAGAGCACGGCAUCAUCCCUGCCCUGUCCUACCUCCUGGACGACGCAAACUCCAUCUGCCGGGAGAACCUGCACAAGGCGUACAAGCACCUGGCCCAGCUGCCUUCAGGGGCCCAAGGCAUCGUCAGCAGCGGCCUGAUCCCCUCGUUGGUGUGGAAGCUGCAGAAGGAGCAGGGGGCCGUCCAGGAGCUCAUUCUAGACACGCUGGCCUACUGCCUGCAGGAGGACGCCACGGAGGCCCUGGGCAGCCGCGUGGUGCCCUUUCUAAAGCAGCUGCUCCUCAGCGCCAGCGACACCAUCCGGGCCAAAGCUGCCUGCACGCUCAUGGCCGUCAGCAUCCCCUUGCAGGGCAAGAACCAGGUGUGGGAGUACGGCGUCAUCCCCAUCUUGGUGCACCUGCUGAAAGACGACAUGGAUGAGGUGCAGGCCAACGCCGCCGGGGCCCUGACCUACGCCGCCGUGACCACAGAAGGGAAGUAUGCGGCCCUGGAGGCAGAAGCCAUCGACCCGCUCCUGGACCUGCUGUGCUCCCCGGUGAACAAGGUGCGCCUGAACGCCACCAAGGCCCUCACCAUGCUGGCUGAGGCCCCCGAGGGCCGCAGAGACCUGCAGUCCCAGGUGCACAUCUUCCGCACCCUCCAGGAGGAAACCACUGAGGUCAGCACGCGGCGGGCGGCCCAGAUUGCCAUCAAAGUCAUUGAGUGGAAACCCUGAGCCACUCGUGGGGCAGACCUGCCAAGCCACUUCCAUCCUGAAUAAAAAGCUGAAUCUCUUUA